AUGUGCAAGCUUUUGUGCAUUUGUGUUUGCCUUCUGCUGUGCGCCGUCGCUUGGGCUGAGCAGCGUAAUCUCACCACGCAGCUGUCCAGCAACCAAAGCGAGCUGCUGCCCACCGCGGAGCAGUUGACACGCGCCAGACGCCAUCCGCCGUAUGUUUAUCGUGUGCCCGGCAAGCGCAACAAGCAGCGCCGACGCCACAAGCAGCCCAAGAUUAAGUACGGACCACCCAACUAUACGCCGGGACCGUCCAUCAGCUACGGCAAGCCCACGCACUAUCCCACGCAUAUAGAGGAGCCAAGCUACUCACUCGACGACUUUCAGCAUCUGAAGUUCGAGCCGGACUUUAAGCUGCCGCCUUCGAGCUACGAAGCGCAGUCCAUGGAUCUUAAUUUCUAUGGCCACGCCGAUGAUGCGGAUGCCUAUGGCGCCAGCAAGUUUCCCAGCCUGGACUUUAGCUACAGCGCACCGGAGACGCCACCACUGAGCAGCUUUGAGCACACGCCGCAUCAAAAGUACGGAGUGCCGCCCCCGCCCAGCUAUGAAUCACCCGCUGCCUAUGUGGAGCAGCAUUAUGUGCCACCGCCAGCAACGCACUAUGCUGCACCACCACCCAGCAAACAAUAUGGACCACCAGCUGCAGCACCGCACUAUGAAGCACCACCGCCUAAGCAAUAUGGACCACCAGCUGCAGCACCGCCUCAACAAUAUGGCGCACCCACUGUUCAUGCUCAUCCAUCAAGCUAUGAGCCGCCGCCAGCUGCAGCACCCGACUCCUACUCCAUCUAUGAGCAAAAGAUUCCCAAUGUGGGCUAUCAUCAGAACUUUGCAGAGCCGCCCAGCGCAGCGCCGCCGCACCAGCCCAGCUUUGAGAUUGCCUAUGCGCCGCCUGCCUACGAGAUCAGCACCAGCUACCAGUCCAAUCCGCACAAGCAUGCGCAAAGCUAUAAGCCGCCCAUCGAAUAUGCAGAGCCAGCUGCACCAGCGCCCAACAGCUAUGCAGCGCCACCCAAGAGCUAUGCACCGCCCACCGAUAGCUAUGCACCACCGAUUGACAACUAUGCUCCACCGGCUGGUCCGCCGUCCAACAGCUAUGCGCCAUCAGCCGCAUAUCCGCUUGACAACUAUGCGCCGCCUGCCGAGGAGCUGCCCAUCAAUGCUAAUCCCAAGUUUCCCAGUUUUGAUUUUCCCAAAUCCAGCUACGAGGUGCCCAUCUACGAUCCCAUACCCUUUGAAGCGUCCAACAAAGAAGAGCUCGAGUCCUAUCCGCCCAUACUAAGCGACAGCUCCAAUGAGCUGCCCACGGAUACGCACGUGGCCAGCAGCACAACAAAGCGCCGAAAGCGCAAGCGCCGUCCCGCCAUUGCGCAGGUGUCCAAGAAGCAUACGCUGGAUGUGCCGGAGCUGCAGCAGGCCUAUGAUGCGGACAGCCACGUGCAUGCGCGUGACACGGAUUUGGACACAGCGGCGCAUGGUUCACAGCGUCACUACAUCAGCCGCUCGACCACAACAACAACAACAACGACAGCAGCGCCUUGGAGUCCCAUGCGCAUGCGCAGCACCACGCCCACUGAGCACUUUGUGCCCACCAUUGUGACCAGCACGCCGCCGAGCAGACAACACAGCAGAACACGCGGCAGCAAUCGAUACCGCAGCAGCACCACCGAACCAGCAGCCACAGUGGUUACCAUUGAGAAGUCGCGCUCCCAAAGCUACUACGAUGGAACGCUAGCGCCGCCCAGUUAUCAGCAAACAAGGCGUGGCACGCGUCCCACACGCGCCAGCUUUGCACGCGGCGCAGGCGCCACUUUGGCGCUGCAGCAUGCAACGGUGCGCAGCGCCACCACCUCCAAGCGCACCACCAAAGGCAUCAUCGACACCACGUUGUUCAAGUCGCCGCAAAGUGAUCGCGAGCUGGAGCGACUGCGUCAGAGCUUGCCAAAAAAUCACAAAUUAUUUUAAAGCA